AGGGAAUCGCGUGGGCCCGAAACGUCUAUAGUUUCGUAUUGCCUCGUUUCAUCUGUUUCAUCUUUCUCUCUCUCUCUCUCUCUCUCUCUUGUUGGUUCUCAUCUGGUACAUCGAAACCCUAGAUUUCAUCUCUGGCCAAUCGCUCAUCGGCGAAGCUUGCUCGAUUCCCAUCAUCGCAUCACCCAGACGCUGCGGAAGAGCAGUUGCACCGAUUGAAGAUUCUCGGAUCUCGUCUCGCGUGGCUCGUGCGAAGAAUCGAGGCCUGCCUGCGUUGAAGAUCUUCGAUUUUUUUUAUCGUAGCUGGGGAUAUUUCGAGUUCGAAGAAGGGGCUUUGGCGGAUUCAGUGGAGAUCUGUGGUGUAUUAAUCGGAUUGGGCUACGAAUCGGAGGAAGCUAGCUCUUGAUACCCCGGAUCAUUGUCGAGGAGAUCGGAGUUCGAUGUCCGUCGAACUCGAGGCUGGAUUUUCGAGGAUUGGCGCGGAGAGGCUGUAGAAGCACCCGAUUGGUUCGGUCUUUGUUGUUUUCCUUGGUGAAGAAGAGAGAGGAGGAAAAAAAUUAUUGAGUGUUGUUAGAAUCUGUACUGUUUUGAAUCUUGAGUUGAAUUAUCAGGCCCUUUUUUUUUGGAGGCCUUUUAUCAUCGUUCUUACGAGGCGAUUUUCGUUCUUGUGCAUAUUUUGAUUCAUUCAGAAAGAAGGAAAAGAAAAAGAUACUUCUAUGGCGGUGUAUUAUAAAUUUAAGAGUGCAAGAGAUUUCGAUUCAAUUCCUAUGGACGGUCCAUUUAUAUCAGUUGGUGUUUUGAAAGAAAAAAUUUUCGAAUCAAAGCACUUGGGCAGGGGCACUGAUUUCGACCUUGUGGUAACUAAUGCUCAAACUAAUGAAGAGUAUCAGGAUGAAGCUAUGUUGAUUCCAAAAAAUACAUCCGUAUUAAUUCGUCGGGUUCCUGGACGGCCUCGAAUGCCCAUUGUCACUGAACAAGAGCCAAGGGUGGAAAAUAAUGCAGAGGAUGUUCAGACUGAGAAGAGUAGCUUUACAGGUGCCGAUUCAUCUGCUGUAAAAAGUCAUCUGGAUUAUUCUGAAUGGGAUGAGUUUGGAAAUGAUCUCUAUGCAAUUCCUGAAGUGCUUCCUGUCCAAUCUAGCAAUCCAAUUCCAGAUAUUACACCAACAAACAGGGUUGAUGAAGAGAACAAGAUUAAGGCCUUCAUAAAUACUCCUGCCUUGGACUGGCAGCGUCAAGGUGCUGAUGGUUUUGGCCCUGGAAGAGGUUUUGGAAGGGGAAUGGGUGGACGAAUGGGUGGACGUGGUUUUGGUUUGGAGCGUAAAACGCCUCCGCAGGGCUAUGUGUGCCAUCGAUGCAAUAUUCCUGGUCACUAUAUUCAGCACUGCCCUACAAAUGGAGAUCCAAAUUAUGACAUCAAAAGAGUGAAGCCGCCGACUGGCAUCCCUAAGUCAAUGUUGAUGGCAAACCCAGAUGGCUCGUAUGCAUUACCGAGUGGGGCUGUUGCUAUUCUGAAGCCAAAUGAGGCUGCUUUUGAGAGAGAAAUUGAGGGAUUACCAUCCACACGGUCUAUUGGUGAUCUACCACCAGAACUUCACUGUCCAUUGUGCAAGGAAGUGAUGAAGGAUGCUGUAUUGACCAGCAAAUGUUGCUUUAAGAGCUUUUGUGAUAAAUGUAUCAGGGAUUACAUAAUUUCAAAGUCGAUGUGUGUUUGUGGAGCCUCUAACAUAUUGGCAGAUGAUCUUUUACCAAACAAGACACUCCGUGAUACGAUCAAUCGUAUUAUGGAGUCCGGUAACAGUAGUGCUGAGAAUGCUGGAAGCACUUUUCAGGUUCAAGACAUGGAGUCUGCUCGAGAUCCCCAGCCUAAAAUGCCAUCGCCUACCAUGUCUUCAGCAUCGAAGGGAGAGCACAAUCAGCCACUGAUUGAAGCAUCUCCAAAGAUGGACAACGCAGAGCAGGUUCAAACUGUUACUGCUCCUCAGGAAACCUCAGGGAGAGCAAAGAAAGUAGCUGAUGUAUCUGAAGCUACUCAUGAUUCAUUUAGCGUGAGGGAGCCUCCUUCGCAAAGUAGUGCUCCUCAAGCUGAGGAAGAGGUGCAGCAGAAGAUGGCAUCUAGUGAAGCAGGGAAAAAGAAAAAGAAGAAGAAAGUUCGUAUGCCUGUCAAUGUUGCAGACAUGCAGUGGAGAACUGCCCAAGAUCUGGCCGCUGAAAACUACAUGAUGUCUCUGGGUGCUUCUACAUAUAACCCGUAUUGGAAUGGUAUGCAGCCUGGAAUGGAUGCGUUCAUGGCCCCUUAUAGUGGUGGGAUGCCGUAUAUGGGAUAUGGAAUGGGUGGACCUUUAGACAUGCAUUUUGGAGGAGUCAUGCCUCAGGAUCCUUUUGGCGCUCCUGGCUACAUGAUGCCUGUUGUGCCCCCACACAGGGAUCUCGCUUUUGGCGUCGGUAUGAAUGCUCCACCUCCUAUCAUGAGCAGAGAAGAGUUUGAGGCCCGAAAAGCUGACUUAAGGAGGAAACGUGAGAACGAGAGGCGAGGAGAAAGCCGGGAGAUGUCCAGAGACAGGGAAUAUGGUAGAGCCAUGAGCAGUGGUGCUGGCGAUGUUUCUUCAAUAAAAUCGAAAUCUAAAGCACCCAUUCAUCCGCAGACAUCGGCUGCCGAGCAUCAUCAUCGACGCCGUCUAUCUUCAUCUGAACGGUCGCCCGACGACAUUGAAGCUCCGCUACCACCACAUUCGGCCAAGAGAAAGUCUUCGGAGCACCACAGAGACCGUGACUACGAACACGACCACACCCAGGACUCUCAGGACCACCGCCACCACCAGCGCUCCUCCUCGAAGAGACCCUCCUCAGAGACCAACACUGCCGCCAAGCCCACACCAUCAUCCUCAAUUUCAACAGCUGCGGCAGCGGCAGCAGCGGCAGCUGCAGCAGCAGCAGACCGGAAACAAAAAGCGAGCGUCUUCUCUCGCAUCAGCUUCCCUGAGGGAGAACUCUCCAAGAAGAGAAAACUCUCAUCAUCCUCUGAACCUCCAGCUGCCCAUCACAAGGUUUCUUCUUCCUCCAAUGGGUAUUACGAUGAGCAGAAGUCGUCUUCCACUAUGAAGGCUGCUUCUGGUUCUACUACUGGAACGAGGAAGGGCAGCAGUGCUGUGGACUACGAGUCUAGUGAUGACGAGAGGCACUUCAAGAGAAAGCCUUCAAGGUAUGAGCCUUCACCUCCUCCACCACCUAUGGCUGAGAGGGAGGACGAGCGUCGGCACUCCCGGGGGUCACGGGAAAGAGACCACCACCGCAGUGGAAGAAGUUGACAUCAUCACGAUGUGGAAUCCAUCUGUGGUGGAGGCAGCGUGGGUCGGUCGGUUCUCGCAGGAGGGAGAGAUGCCACCAGUGCAGUGGAAAAUGUUGAUGUUCAAGUGAGCACGCGGAAAUGCUCCGAAUUGGGAGAUGUUGCGGCUAAUGUUAUGUUGACGACAGUUUUGUGGAUUGAAUCCUAUUUCAAUGCUCAAUUUGUGUUUCGAUAAGCAUGUGGAUAUUCUGAAAUGUAUUUCAUAAUCGAUUCUAUAACAAUAAGAAUCGCUACAGCUUGUGCUCUUCGGAGUCUUCUCCAUAUUUCGUUGUGAAAUUUAUGGAUAAAAGUUGCUUCUCGUUCUC